AAAUUUUUUAAUUAUUUCCGAAUGUCACAUGCUAUUUUUGAAAAACUUUUGAACAUUAUUGAACCAUUCAUUACUAAAACGCACGUUGUUCGAACACCAAUACCUGCACGCACUCGUCUGCAAGUAACUUUACGAUACUUGAGUUCAGGUGACAGUAUGGUUUCUAUAUCAUAUGCAUUUCGAAUAGCACAUAAUACAGUUUCUCUGAUAAUCAACGAAACAUGCGAAUCAAUUUGGAAUUCCUUAAAACAUCGAGUAUUUUUACAACCCUCCUCGAAUAAUUGGGAAAAAGUCGCUGAAGAUUUUGAAAGAAUCUGUAACUUUACUCAUUGCAUUGGAGCCCCUGACGGAAAACAUGUUGUAAUACAGGCCCCACCUAACAGUGGAUCGAAAUAUUACAAUUAUAAAGGCCAGCACAGUAUCGUUCUUCUAGCCAUCAGUGAUGCUCAUUGUUGUUUCUCCAUGGUUGAUAUUGGUGGAGAAGGACGACAGUGUGACAGUACUAUUUUUCAAAAUAGUGAAUUUGGCAAACGAUUUGGCAACGGAUCUCUAAAUCUACCCGCAGCCAAAAAUAUUGCAAAUACAAACGUAACAUUACCAUACGUAUUAGUAGCCGACGAAGCAUUCCAGCUAACACCGUACAUGAUGAGACCUUAUCCACGCAAAGACUUAGGUAUAAGAAAAAAGGUUUUUAAUUAUAGGUUGAGCAGGGCAAGACGGACAGUGGAAUGUGCAUUUGGUCUUCUUGCUGCUCGAUGGCGAGUUUAUGGAAAACCUAUAAUUGCGUCAGUUUCAACAACUAGGAAUAUUAUUAAAGCUACAACUGCAAUACAUAAUUUUGUAAUGAUCAGUGAAAGAGAAUCAAUUAGAAUGUUGCCUCAGUAUUCGCGGUACACUGCACAGGAUCGAGCAAUAAUAUCAGACGGCUUGAGGAACAUAUCACGAAGUGUAUCAUCCAAUUCAGUGCAAGCAGUGAAAAUAAGAGAUGACUUUACAGAUUUUUUCAACAACAUUGGUGCAAUGCCUUGGCAGUGGAAGAAAGUUUUAAAUAAUGACUUCUGA